AUGGCGCCUUCAGCCAUCACUGAGCCCCAGGUCGUCAUCAAUGGGGAGGGCAAGCCGUUGGACAACACUGUGCCUGCCACAAAUGGCGCCGUCAAGGAAGUAAAAACCGACGAAUCGGUUUCUUCAGCGAUCCAAUACCACUAUCCUCCCACAAUCCCAGAGGGAACCGAGUAUAGCGUAUUGAAGCAAUACCAUUCCAAGCCAACAAAACUCCGGGUGGCAUGUAUCGGUGCCGGAGCAUCAGGUCUCUGCCUGGCUUAUAAAAUGGAGAGAAUGAUGGUCCCUGACAGUUGGGAAUUGACCCUCUUUGACAAGAACCCCCAAUUUGGCGGAACGUGGUAUGAGAAUACCUACCCAGGGGUGGCUUGUGAUAUUCCUUCGCCUCUGUACACAUUUACCUGGGACCCCAAGCCAGAUUGGUCUCACUAUUUUGCCUACGGUGACGAGAUCCGGAGAUACUUUGAAGACUUUGCCGAACGUCAUGGGUCCAAGCAAUACAUGAAGCUCAACACCAAAGUGGUCGAGGCGCAGUGGGAUGAAGAAAAAGGCAUUUGGCAGUUGACCCUCGAGGACCAAGUGAACAAGGGCACGUGGAAAGACUGGUGUCAUUGCCUAGUCAAUGGCACAGGAAUCCUCAACAAUUGGAAGUGGCCCGACAUUGACGGCGUCCACGACUUUGCCGGGCCAAAGAUGCAUUCCGCCAAUUGGGACCACUCGGUCGAUUUUCAAGGAAAGACGGUCGGGGUCAUUGGCACGGGUAGCACAAGUGUCCAGAUUGUUCCAGCAUUGCAAAAGGAAGUGCAGCAUCUAAAGGUGUUUAUGCGCUCAUCCACUUGGAUAUCGCCGCCCUUUGGUGGUGGCGUCUUGGAGGAGGAUUUACGAAAGAACGACAAUGGUGCUGCUGCCCAGCCCGGAAAGAGACAAUACACCUUUACCGAUGCCGACAAGAAGAAGUUCAGUGAAGACCACGAGUAUUAUCUCACAUUCCGUAAACGCAUCGAGGCCGAAAUCAACUCGCUGUUUGGCAUGUAUCAGCAAGGUUCAGAGAUGUCAGAGACCUUCCGAAAGGCUAUAACAGAAGAGAUGCACCGCCGGAUCGGGCCGGGUAACGAGAAGCUCAAAGAAUUCAUCAUCCCGACGUGGGCACCUGGAUGUCGGCGCAUCUCUCCUGGAGACGGAUAUCUCGAGGCGCUUGUGCAACCCAAUGUGCAGCCAAUCUAUGGAGGAAUCCAAAGGGUCGUUCCAGAGGGCAUCGUCACUGAAGACGGAGAGCUGCACAAGGUGGAUAUCCUCGUCUGUGCAACUGGCUUCAACGUCGCCUUCCGCCCAGCGUUCAAGCUCAUCAAUGCCGCCGGCAACACCCUCCACGAGGACUGGGGCGACAGUGUGAACCUGUACAUGGGUGUUUCUACUCCCCGAUUUCCCAACUACUAUACAAUAGUGGGCCCCGGCGCUACCUGGUCAUCAGGCACUUUGCUGCCAUCCAUUGAGACCACAGUCGAGUACAGUAUCAAGAUGAUGAAGAAGAUACAGCACGAGAAUAUUCGAUCACUCGAUGUCAAGCAAGAUGCAUUGGACGAUAUUUACAAGCACUUUGACAAGUUUCACGAGACGACAGUUUUUCAAGAGCAGUGUCGCAGUUGGUUCAAGGACGGCAAGAUCAAGAACAGAAUCUACCUGUGGCCUGGCUGCACGAUCCACUUUCUCAAAACGAUCAAAGAGCCUCGCCUCGAAGAUUACAAUAUUCGAUACCGAUAUGGAAAUCGGUUUGCAUACUUGGGCAACGGCGAAGUCAAGGCAAAUGUUACAAAAGAUGUCAAGGGGCUAAGCACAUACAUCCGCGAUUCCGACCAUGAAUGGUCAGUUGAGUAA